AUGGGUGAUUUACCCGAGUCAAAAGUUACCCCUAAGUCUAGAGCCUUCGGCCACACGGGUGUAGACUAUGCGGGAUCAUUUAGUAUUAAGAUCUCUCGAAAUAAGUCUGGUAAGGCCUAUCUCUGUCUGUUCGUAUGCAUGACUACCAAGGCGAUUCAUCUUGAAUUAGUAUCUGAUCUUUCGACCGAAAUGUUUCUAAACGCUCUCAAGAGAUUCAUUUCUCGACGUGGAAAAUGCGAAUCUAUCAUGUCUGAUAAUGGGAGAAAUUUCAUCGAAGCCACCAAUGUAAAGGCUGUAAAAACACAUCUUAAGGCUGUAAUCAACGAUACACCAUUGUCAUUCGAAGAGCUCUAUACCGUGUUGACUCAAAUAGAAGCCAUACUCAAUUCGAGACCGUUGUGUCCUUUGACCAAUGCUCCCGAGGAACUGGAUGCAUUAACGCCCGGACAUUUUUUGAUCGGAACGUCUUUUAUGGCGUUGCCGGAGCAAUCUGUUCUUGACGUUCCGCAAAACCGUAUUAAUCGCUAUCAACUAUUAACUCAUAUCCAGCAAUCAUUCUGGAAGCGUUGGUCAAGGGAAUAUGUCACACAAUUACAACAGCGUUCCAAAUGGAAGUUUGCCGUGCGUAACGACGAAUUGCAACUAGGGAAACUAGCAAUAAUUCGCGACGAGACUUCACCUCCGUUUAGGUGGCGGCUGGGUAGAAUUUGUGAACUCCAUGCUGGAAAUGACGGUUUAAUACGAGUAAUGUCACUGAAAACUACCACCGGAAUUAUCCAGCGCUCUUUACCGAAGAUUUGUAUCUUGCCGAUCGAUUAA